AUGAGUUUGAUCACUUUUAAUCCCUACACCGUGACGCAAAACUUCAAAAAGAGCGGCACCUUUAUCCCCGGCAUUCGACCCGGCCAAGAAACCGAGAAGUACUUGACUGGGAUUGUGAUGCGUCUAAGCGUUUUUUCUGGUUUUUACUUGUCGGCCAUUUCCGCGGUUCCGUUCAUUGAGCAAAUGAUCGGCAUUCCUCAGCCUUUCACGAUUAGCGGCACUUCGCUGAUCAUCCUUGUCUCAGUUGCGAUCGAAACGCUGGAGCACGUGCGGGCUCGCGACACAACUCAAACCAUUUCCCGGGCUCGUGAGCAAGUUUUGCGCACCAUUGACAGCGAUAAAGAUGGACAAUCGGGUGGUCUCCUUUGCCACAUCUCCUCGGGCGAAAUUUUUCGCCAGGCGGUUCGGAGCGGUUCUGAGUUAGGUAAAGAGAUUCAAGCAACGUUAGCCAAAGGCGCUUACGUGGACGACAAGUUGACUAACCGCGUUAUUUACCAGGCGAUAAAAUCAAGUCAUGACCGCGGCCAAGGCGUGAUUUUAGACGGCUAUCCCCGGACACUUAACCAAGCUCACUUCCUAGAAGAUAAGGGCGUUAAAAUUGACCACGUGAUUUGGUUAGACGCUCCGAUUGAAGUGAUUGUGAGCCGGCUAAUUGGCCGCGGCCGAGCCGACGACAGUCCCGAUACGAUUAGACAACGCAUUGAGGUCUACCGCUCGCAAACUCAACCGCUAGUUGAUUAUUACCAGGCCCAUAAAACGGUUCUAAAACUUGACACCAGCGGAAGUAAAGAGCAAAAUUUUCGCGCUCUGAUCGCGAGGCUUGAGCGUGAUUAG